AUGUCUGAUUGCGAGGCAACUUGCGAUUCUGCAAAUCCAAUCGUCGAGUUCCCAAUUGGCAAGGUGGUUGGAAAUCGAUGGAGAAUUACGAAACGAAUAGGAAAUGGAGCGUAUGGAGCUGUUUAUGAAGCUCAAAGUUUACAGGAUGAACGCUUAUUUGCAGCGCUUAAGGUGGAAUCAAAUGAAGCUGAAGAGAGCAUAUUGAAAGUAGAAGUUGAAGUGCUGAAGCAACUGGCAAAUCGACCCAAUACAGUUCGUCUUCUUCAUUCGGGAAAACGAGAUAUGUAUAGUUACCUUGUGAUGACCCUAUGUGGUCCAGAUUUAACACAAUUAAAGCACAAUUAUAAACUUUUGGUGUUCAGUGCGAGCACUACCCUUCGAAUUGGAAUUCAUUCCCUUUAUGCCAUUAAGCAGAUCCACGAGGUUGGUUAUGUGCAUCGUGAUAUUAAACCGAGCAAUAUGGCAAUUGGAGCCACAUCGAACGAUUCUAGACUCAUUUUUCUGAUUGAUUAUGGUAUGGUGAGAAAAUAUGCCGAUCGUCGUAAAGGAAUUUGGCAGAUCAGAGCACCUCGAAGAAAGGGUCGUGUCGAUGACUUAUGGUCAUUGAUGUAUAUGUUAAUUGAUCUACAAACAAACAAUCUGCCAUGGGCACGUACACGACGGGAAGAUCGAAUUCUGUAUCUGAAAGAAAAGACUAGCGAUAGGCAGCUGACGGCUGAAUGCAAACUUGAUUGUUACGAAAAGGUGUUAACUCAUUUGAGAGCACUGAAAUAUGCGAAUAGACCGAAUUAUAUUUAUAUUUAUGAAACGAUAAUGGAUACGUUAACAAGAAAACACUUUCAAAUGGGAGAUGCGUACGACUGGGAGAUCGCAGCUAAAAAAUCGCAAGAAGGAACAUCGUCACCGAGUCCUCAAGCAACUGCUCCCGAGAGAAGUGGACGAACAGCACGACUAAACGUGGUCGAGCAGUGUUCAUCAUCACCUGACAAGUUCCAUGUGAAUCAGAAAGACUUUCCAACGGCCUGUUGGUCGGCAUUCAUGCAGCACCACACAGAUGUACCGGACAUAUCAAAAACAAGAUAUUACAUUUCAACAGGACGAUCGACGCGUGUUGACCGAUCCGAGAAAACGCUUCCAGUCACAAAAACAACGUCACUCAUCGAUAUACUACCUUAA